AGGGGAGAGACAGAGAGGGAGGGAGGGAGCAAAUCAACCUGCCUCCUCUUGACUUCAGCAAACAGCACAGAGGAGUGCGCCUAUUAGGCGCUGGGAAGCGUGCGCAGCGAGCUGUUUUCUGUUGGGCUUUUUUUUUUUCUGUGUGUGUGUCUUCUUGGUUCAGAGGAAGCGCACAGCCCCGGGGAGGAGGAACCGCCUCGGCAAGAGAAACGAGCGGCCUCACCGCGAAGAUAGAUAGCAGAGAAAGAAGGAGAGAGAGAAAAUGCUGUCAUGGGGAGAGAAGGGGAGGGAGUCGACAGAGAGGAACAGGAUGAAGCAAGCCGGGGUCGAGCAGGACUGAAACGUGGAGGUGAUCUAUGGAUGACGGCUGCAGGCACUGGCCAGUGCACACCAGUGGGUGCCAUGUUUGACAUUUUGACUCAGGAAGCGCCUCUCCGACACAGAGGGCACAGAGACAGGCUCCAGUGAUGAUCCCCAUGUGUUUAACUCAAACUAAAUGCACACCUGCACAUGUGGAUGGUUCCCUCCAGCGACCAACGCUGCGGUUUCCCUUCCGUCUUCAUCAUCCCCGCUCAAGAACUCAUUGACAAAGCGCGGCAUCCCACAGAGGCACCCAUGACAGCCCGGAGGCCGAGAGAGUUCAUCCAUCUUAAGUGGUGCGAAUGAGAAAAUAAGAGUUGCUUUCACUUAGCUGGAUUUCCCAUUUUCAUACUCAGCGUCCUGGUUUCACACCAGCACCCCCCAGACGCUAGGAUAAAAAGUUAGCCGUCGGCAGAAAGCUCCAGGGGGGGAGAUUGUGCGAAUAGGGUUGAUUUCUCAGGCACCAUGCAGUCAGACGACCUCUUCAUCCGCAAGUUCCGCCGUCAGAACGUGCGCCCCCCCCUCGCCACCGUCAACUUUGACCCCAAACGGGAAGCGGGAGUGGUGGAGUGGCCUCCCAGGAGGCCCGGCGAUGGCGCCGACGCCGACUGCAGCCUCACUCCGAGCCGCGUGGGCUUGAACCUGCGUUCAGUGGGACGGGGCCACAUCAUGCAGAGGAGCAACAGCGACGUCACCCUGGGAGACCUGGACUCCUCUGGGAAAACAGGAGGCAAAGUGAUCCGAGCGGUUGGCGAGAAAGUGGGUACGGGGCCUCAGGGGGACUCGGGUGUGCACCUGCACAGGGAGUACGGCAGCCUGUCUUCACUGGAGAGACAGACUCAAGCCCAGGAGUCGAGCGGAGAGAACCAGGGGCCCCUGAGUCCAAGUGCUCUCCGCUUUAAAGACCCCUUUCUGCUUUUAGGAUUGGGGAACAACCCUCCAGAGCCCGAUGAGUACUUCCGAGAUCUGCCCAGGUCCAUUGGAGACUCCCCGAAACCUGCUAAACCCCCCAAGCCUGAAGGUCUCAGUAAAAAGUCCAAACCCACGCCUCCUCAAAUCCCCCAGCCGGGCCCGUACGACCACCUCGGAGGCGGAGCGUGGGUCAGGAACUUUGCCCACUACGACGUUCAGAGCAUCCUGUUCGACCUCACGGAGGUGGCCACCAACAGGGACAGCAUCGGACGCAAGAAGAACAUCACCUCGGGGGCGUCGGCCGCCUCCCAGCUCCGCCCCCUUGCCCAGUCCACGCCUGCCUCACCAGCACAGGGAGGGGGCGGCGGCGGCGGAGGGAACGCCGACGACCCGGAGCAGUCGCUGCUGCUGGACGAAGGCGACGGCAACGACAACGAGCUGCUCCUCAGCUGUCCGCACUUUCGGAACGAGACGGGAGGAGAGGAGCAGGUGGGCCUGUGUCGAUCGCCCGGCAGGAGGGAGCUGUGGUCGAGUGUGCGGACCCCUAAUGAUGCAGUGUCCGUCCUGGAGGAGCCCCGGGAGAGCAAUGUCCAGCUGCAGGGGAAGAGCAACUUCUUCAUUGAGCAUGCAGACCUGGGAGCGCAUUACUAUCGCAAAUAUUUCUACCUGAAAGAGCACCAGAACUUCUUUGGGAUUGACGAUCGCCUCGGCCCAGUGGCCAUCAGCUUCCGCCGAGAUGAGAAAGAGGGGUCCAGCGGGGCUCAGUACAAUUAUAGAAUCAUUUUCCGCACCACAGAGAUGAAGACACUGCGAGGCUCCAUCCUGGAGGAGUCGGUGCCCUCCGCUGCUCGUCACACCACCCCGAGGGGCCUGUCUCCCAAGAGGCUGCUGGAGUUUAUCAUGCCCGAGCUCAACCUGCACUGCCUGCGCCUGGCUUCGAACUCCCCAAAGGUCCGGGACACGCUGCUGAAGCUGGACGAACAGGGGCUGAAUUUCCAGAGGAAGGUCGGAGUGAUGUACUGCCGUGCCGGGCAGAGCUCCGAGGAGGACAUGUACAACAACGAGAGCUCGGGGCCGGCGUUCGAGGAGUUCCUGGAUCUGCUCGGAGAGCGGGUGCGGCUGAAGGGCUGGGAGAAAUACCGAGCUCAGCUGGACAACAAGACCGACUCCACUGGAACACAUUCCCUCUACACGCGCUACCAGGACUAUGAGAUCAUGUUUCACGUGUCCACCAUGCUUCCCUAUACAGCGAACAACACGCAGCAGCUGCUUAGGAAGCGGCACAUCGGGAACGACAUCGUGACUAUCGUGUUCCAGGAGCCAGGCGCCUUGCCCUUCACUCCGAAGUCCAUCCGCUCCCAUUUCCAGCACGUCUUCAUCAUCGUUCAGGUUCACGAGCCGGGAACGGACCACACCUACUACAGAGUGGCUGUGACACGCUCCAAAGACAUCCCGCUUUUUGGGCCCCUGUUCCCCAAGGGCGCCCGCUUCCCUCGCCUGCCCGCCUUCAGAGACUUCCUCCUGGCGAAGGUGGUGAACGCCGAGAACGCCGCGGAGAAGUCGGAGAAGUUCCGCUCCAUGGCCACCCGCACUCGGCAGGAGUACCUGAAGGACCUGGCGGAGAACUACGUGACCACGACGCCCAUCGACUCCUCCACCAAGUUCCCGCUCCUCUCGCUGGGGAGCAAGCGCAAGGACAAGAUGAAGGGCGCGAAGGGCGCGGAGCUGCACAGCGCCGGGGCGCUGGUGUGGGCCGUGAUGGUGAGCAGCAGGGAUGAGCUGGAGGCCGGCGAGCAGCAGAGGCUGCCCUGUCUGCUCGGCGUGUCGGCGGAGUCGGUGGUGCUCAUCGAGAGGCUCAGCCGCCGGGUGGUGUUCAACUGCUCCUGUCGAGACGUCAUCGGCUGGAAGGCGGUGACGGAAACAAAGGACGGGGGUCCCUGUUUGGAUGUCUUCUACGAGCGCGGGGAGUCUGUGUCCAUUAGCAUGUUGGAGAGUCAGACGGAGGACAUAAAAGAAGUGGUACAGAGGCUUGAGCUGGUGACGCGGGGCUGCGAGGCGCUGGAGGUCACCCCGCUGCGGGACGGAGUGGGGCAGCCCGGCUUCCUGAUGAACGACGAGGGCUUCGUGACGGACCUGCAGAGGUUCUGCUACGCCGAGAGCGGAGGCCUGCAGCUCUGGGCCCGCGUGGUCCGGCUGUGCGGGCAUUCCCUGGUUCACCUGAGCCCCGAGGAGAGGAGCAGGCUUCUCCGCACGGCGCACAAGAUCCACAUCACCGUCAUCCCGCCGGACGAGAACGGCAAACCUCGCAGGAGUUUCUCUGAGCUUUACCAGAAAGCCAUCAAGGAUGCGGAGUGCAAGUCCGGCGAGGACCAGUCGGGAGUAGCCUGGGUGGUGGACGAGAGGGAAGAGGAGACCGAGGAGCAGGAGCAGACGGCGGGGGACCAGGUGGAGGCGGACGGGCUCGGCGAGGAGGAGCUCGCGGAGGAUGAGCUGAAGAUGGAGGGGGGCGGGGAGCCGCCGUGCGAUCACCAGCAAAACGAGGGCGGUCACGGCCCGCUCCUCGCACCGCCCGCUUUACCUUUGCUGAGGGCUACGUCUCUGCAGGACCAGCCGGCCAAUCAGAACAGAGAGGUCAGCGUCUCACAGCUCCCCCGCAGCGUUUCUUUGGAGAAACAGCUUUCCUUCACUGACACCUGUGAUGGACACGUGUAUGACAACGUGAUGAUGCAGGAGCAACGGCACGUCUACGAGAACGUCGGCGAGCUCAGGGACGCCACGCCAGACCUGAUCCUGGCCGUAAAACCCAAAGUCGCCCCGGAGGACGAGCCGUUCAUGGCCGCCGACUUCGGUGACGACAGAGCCUCGGCGAGUGAUUGCUCCUUCUCGUCUUCCCGGCUAUCGAGCGUAGACCGAGCUGAGAGAAACUCCCGGGCCCUCAGUCUUCAUAACUCCAUUACCAAGAUUCUCUCUGAGACAACAGAUUCGACGGAGGAGGAGUGGCAGUCCAUUGCCGACCUGGCGACAGCCUGCCGCAGCAUCCUGGAAGCUUUGUCCAAAGAAGACCGCAGGGCCGGGGAUUCCUCUCAAGGAGGAGCUGAUCAGACGGACGGCAAACUGAGAGACUCCAAGGACAGCGACUCUCCGGGCCACCUAGAGGAGAAGGUGACGCAGCUGGAGGCCAUGCUGAAGAAGCUUCAAGAUGACCUGCAAAAGGAGAAAGAGGACAAGGCGGUGCUGCAGGCCGAGGUGCAGAGCCUCAGGCAGAACAACCAGCGGCUGCAGGAGGAGUCGCAGAGCACAGUCGCCCGCCUCAUCAAAGUCACUGAGCUGCUGUGUAACGUCAACAAGCCCUGUUAGGUCCCCCCCCAUACCGCCACCCCCCCCCCCCACCCCUCGAUGCUUGAUGAUGCAAAUCCUGCAGAGCGCCUCGAUGCUCGACACCGUUCUUUGAUCAUGUAUAGAUAGGUGCAAAAAGUAAACACACACACAGGCAAGAGUGGUCCUGCCUGAUGGUGAGGAAGUAUGCAAAAGAAAAAAAAAAA